GGCACAGGUGGUGUAAAGUCAGUCAAAGGAUGUAGGAGUUUGAAACCACCAGUACUAACAAUACCUCGAGGAACAGGUGGUUUUCUAUAUCCCUUUAUUUUGAAAGACAUUACCGGAUGUUAGCCAAAUUUUAGCUCCUUUGACGCCGAUGCGCGCUCACUCCACUCUCCAACCGGUUUCUCCUGCGUCUGAGACGCACGGACUGAUGAGUGGAACAACUGGACCUGUUUCCUCGACCUGUUCGAAUGCAUUUUGUUGUCCAAACUGGAUCCUUGAUAUUUUCCCUCAUCGGGUUUUUUUUUUUUUAUUUCAUCUUUGUUGCGUCGGAGGAAUGCCGAGUGGAAAAGGGUCGGAUCGGGCAUGAAACUUAAGCAGCGCGCUGGAACGGCGCGUCGGGGGCUCCGCCGCUCGGACGGAGGUCGCUUCUCCGUGUCAUGCCGCCAGAACUAGCGGCGAGGUCACCCGGAGCACUAUGGGGGAAGGAAAGCCACUUUUCCUCGUUGUCGUCUGCGCGGCGCAGCUGUGCCUGAGCUCCGCGCAGGUCCUCAGGAUCGGGGGCAUCUUUGAGACGCGGGAAAGCGAGCUGGUGAGCAUGGACGAGCUGGCGUUCAAGUUCGCCGUGAAUAACAUAAACCGCAACAAGACGCUGAUGCCCAACACCACCCUCACCUACGACAUUCAGAGGAUCAACCUCUUUGACGGCUUCGAGGCUUCUCGGAGAGUGUGUGACCAGCUGGCUCUCGGGGUGGUCGCCGUGUUCGGACCCUCCCACAGCUCCUCCGUCAGCGCCGUUCAGUCCAUCUGCAACGCCCUGGAGGUCCCUCACAUCCAGACCCGCUGGAAGCACCCGUCGGUGGACAACAAGGACACCUUCUUCAUCAACCUGUACCCGGAGUACACGGCCAUCGCCAGGGCCAUCCUGGACGUGGUGACCUUCUUCAAAUGGAGGAAGCUGACGGUGGUUUAUGAGGACAGCACAGGUCUGAUGCGGAUGCAGGAGUUGAUCAAGGCCCCGGCGAAGUUCAACCUGAAGGUGAAGAUCCGGCAGCUCACGCCGGGCAACCAGGACGCCCGGCCGCUGCUCAAGGAGCUGAAGAAAGACAAGGAGUUCUUCAUCAUCUUCGACUGCUCCUAUCGCAUGGCUGCAGAGCUGCUGAAGCAGCUUUCCUCAAUGGGGAUGAUGACGGAGUACUACCAUUUCUUCUUCACGACUCUGGACCUGUUCGCCCUGGACCUGGAGCCGUACCGCUACAGCGGCGUCAACAUGACGGGCUUCAGGCUGCUGAACAUAGACGACCCGUGGGUCGCCGCCACCAUGGACAAGUGGGCGGGUGAACGGCUGCAGGGGCCCAAACAGGAAAGCGGGCUGAUGGACGGAGUCAUGACCACGGACGCCGCCCUGAUGUACGACGCCGUGUUCAUGGUGGCCGUGGCGUCGCAGCGGGCCACGCAGAUGACCGUCAGCUCCCUGCAGUGCCACCGCCACAAGCCGUGGCGCUUCGGACCGCGCUUCAUGAACCUCUUCAAAGAGGCUCAGUGGGAUGGACUGACGGGCCACAUUGUUCUGAAUAAGACGGACGGCCUGAGGAGGGACUUUGAUUUGGACAUCAUCAGCCUCAAAGAGGACGGCACCGCCAGGGGAAUUGUCGAGGGCGGAAGUCGACUCACCAAAAGGUGGAUCAAGAUUGCCGUGUGGAACUCGUACAGGGGGAUGAACCUGACGGAGAAGACCACCCGAGACAAGAAUACCAAUGUGACAGACUCUCUGGCUAAUAGGACUCUUAUUGUCACCACGAUCCUGGAGAAUCCGUAUGUGAUGUAUAAAAAGUCCGACAAGGAGCUGUCGGGGAACGAUCGCUUCGAGGGCUACUGUCUGGACCUGUUGAAGGAGCUCUCCAACAUCCUGGGUUUCACCUAUGAAGUCCGACUGGUGGCUGAUGGGAAAUAUGGCGCCCAGAACGACAAGGGGGAGUGGAACGGGAUGGUGCGGGAGCUGAUCGACCACGUCGCAGACCUCGCUGUGGCUCCGCUGACCAUCACCUACGUCAGAGAGAAGGUCAUCGACUUCUCCAAGCCCUUCAUGACCUUGGGCAUCAGCAUCCUGUAUCGCAAGCCCAACGGCACCAACCCGGGCGUGUUCUCCUUCCUCAACCCCCUGUCCCCGGACAUCUGGAUGUACGUGCUGCUGGCCUGCACGGGCGUUAGCUGCGUGCUGUUUGUGAUCGCGAGGUUCACGCCCUAUGAGUGGUACAACCCGCAUCCGUGCAACCCGUCCUCCACCCUGAUACAGAACAACUUCACUCUGCUCAACAGCUUCUGGUUUGGGAUUGGGGCCCUCAUGCGACAAGGCUCUGAGCUGAUGCCGAAGGCUCUGUCCACUCGUAUAGUGGGAGGCAUAUGGUGGUUCUUCACGCUCAUCAUCAUCUCCUCCUACACCGCCAACUUGGCCGCCUUCCUCACGGUGGAGCGCAUGGACGCGCCCAUCGACUCGGCAGACGACCUGGCCAAACAGACCAGGAUCGAGUACGGGGCCGUGAGGGACGGGUCCACUAUGACCUUCUUCAAGAAAUCGAAGAUCUCGACCUACGAGAAGAUGUGGACGUUCAUGAGCAGCAGGCAAAACACUGCGCUGGUCAAAAACAACAAGGAGGGCAUCACGCGGGUGCUGACGACAGACUACGCCAUGCUGAUGGAGUCCACCAGCAUCGAGUACAUCAGCCAGAGGAACUGCAACCUCACGCAGAUCGGGGGGCUCAUAGACUCCAAGGGCUACGGGGUGGGAACGCCUAUAGGAUCUCCGUACAGGGAUAAAGUGACCAUCGCCAUCCUCCAGCUGCAGGAGGAGGGGAAGCUGCACAUGAUGAAGGAGAAGUGGUGGCGGGGCAACGGCUGCCCAGAGGAGGACAACAAAGAGGCCAACGCUCUGGGCGUGGAAAACAUCGGCGGCAUCUUCAUCGUCCUGGCGGCCGGUUUGGUGCUGUCAGUGUUCGUGGCCAUCGGCGAGUUCAUCUACAAGGCCCGCAAGAACGCGGACAUAGAGGAGCAGUACGUCUCUCUGAGCACCAUGAUGGAGGACUUGGGCAUCUCCCUGCAGUGCUACAGAGGCGUCCGGAGGCGGUCGCGUCCACACAGCGCAGCCAGGUCCACGUGCAUCUUCUGUCAGCCGAAGCUGGCUGUGAAGAGGGAGGGGAGGAGGCGAGACUCCAGCAGCUGAGCCGCGAGACGGACGCUUAUCUGUGGACGAUGACUGAUGUCGACGUGACUGUGCUGACUAUUAUACUUUAAAUGUAGACGUCCUGGCCUUGUGUGCAGAUUAAUAUUAAAACAGCUGUAAAUGUAUGACAAUCUCACAUUUUACGAUUUAAAAUACUUUUUUGCAUUUUUUCAA